AUGUGCUCUGAUGCUGGUGGUGUCCCCACUAUCUCUGGCAAGGAGAUUGCUGAGUGGGUUAUGAACAACCGUGGAACCCUCGACCUCAAAUAUGUUAUUUGGGGCCAGAAGAUCUGGAAUCCUUCUCAAGACUCAGUCAAGUCUUGGUCCAGCUGGCGGAGUAUGGAUGAUCGUGGUGACUUUACUGCGAAUCAUUGGGAUCACGUUCACGUGAGCUACAACUAA